AUGCUCAAAGGAAGUGAUAAUUCGUUGGGUACGAGGGCCUUGCCCGAAAAGGAUAAAUCAGUAAAUAUAUCUACGAACUCGUUCUGCCAAAUUUCGGACCUGGAGCCGUUUUUUCCGGUCACGUUAUCAGACGUAUCGCUUUUCGGCGACUCGGAAGUCGAAGCCGACGGCGGCCAUAAGUUUCAACGUACGUUGGCCAUCAUCAAGCCGGAAGCCGUCCAUCUCAUGUACAAGAUCGAGUGCGUAAUGGAACGAAACGGAUUCAUCGUCAUAAGGGUUCGCACAACAAUAUCUACUUAAUAUUAGACAAUUCUCACUUACACGAUAUUUUAAAAUAUCUCAUAAUUAGUGUAUUAUAAGUGAAUAUCACACAGGCACACUAUGUGAACAAAUAAAAAACAAUUAUUUUGUUGAUGACCAACGUUUUUAAUGAGUUUUUUAUAGGAUUUAAGGCACGAAUGACUAGAAAAUACAGAGAUUUCUAUCGCGAAUGUACUUCACGGCAAAUUUAUCAUUUUCAAUAUACGUAUAGGCUAUUACAAUUGGUUUCACCAAUACAUAAAUAUAUAAAUAUAAAUAAUACUAUAUAUUAUUUUCAUGUCACCCUUCAACUCAAUAAUUACCUAUUCCCAUCCUUUUCCAAUAAGCAGUAAUAUAUAAAAUCUUCUUUUCUACAUCUAAUCAAUAAAGCUGGGCUUUUAAAAAGCUGAUCUGCAUCUUGCUCCUCGCCACAUUCAUAUUUUCUGUUAUCUUUUAUUCUCUAUUUGACCACAUUGUUUGCUAUUCUUUAUAUCUCGUUUCAUAGUCUAUUUAUCACAUCUUCCAUGUUAUCCAUGUUAAAGUGGUGUGGAGCUUUCUUUCGGAUACUUUCAUAUCUAUACAUUGUGCUUUUUCGUAUUCUUCUUCUAUAUACCUAUUUUUAUAACUUCAUAUAUUUGUGAUAACUUAUAAGCCUUUAGAAAGAUUUUCCUCGGCUUAAGUCGGCUUUCCGUGAUACCAUUUCCAUAUCAGAGAUUUCUUAUGUCUCAUUUGUUUUGUUUUCUAUCUGCCCUUGCUGCCGUCUCUUGUCCUAUGUUUAGGGGUACUAUCCUGCAUUCUAUUACACUUAGAAUUGUCUUAACUGGGCUCGGCCUUAAGGUACGGUUUUCUAAGUGAAGUUGGUCACCACGGCCGACCUUCGACUUUACUAAUCAAGUGUUAUUUCCGUAUUGUGGUUUUCUAGUAGUCUGGCGACUGAGCGUCGGCCACGGCGAUCGACAAUUAUCUAUUCUUAGAGUACAUGUUCACAAUCAUACACAGUUUUUACGGUAUUAACACUGAUAACCGUGGUACGCAUGUAUUUGAAUUUGAUUAUUAAUGAUUUUUAGGGAAAUAGUAAACUCAAUCACUCAUAAUAAAAACGCAGAGGGUAGAUGCAUAUUAUUAUAUUUCAUAGUGUAAAUUUCACAUUUUUUAGUGCACAAAGUGUUUUAUAGUCGGGAGCAAAAUGAAAACAAAAUUUAGGCCGGAAGAUUAAAAUUUACCCAGGCCACCUAAAAAUACAUAGGUACCUACCAAACAAAUUUUAAUUACAUAUUAAUUUAAAUCACAGAAAGAAGUGUUACGCUUAACCAGGGAACUGGUUGCCGAGUUCUACAGAGAGCACGCGCUCGAAUUGUACUUUCCCCGGCUCGUCGACCACAUGUCUGGCAAACCGGUGGCCGUGUACAUACUGUCCAAGAAAAACUGCGUGGACGAAUGGCGGCGGCUGAUCGGACCAGCAGAUGUACGGCUUGCUAGACGUGACUUUCCUGUCAGCCUGCGAGCCAUCUUUAGCACGAAACAUGCGACGGAUUGUGUGGCCAAUGUGCUUCACGGCAGUGAUUCUCUGGAAGCUGCAAAAAGGGAAAUCAGUUUCUUCUUUCCAAGCAGUACGUAAACACUCACAGUCGUGUCAUCCCCAUAUAAAACUAAAAUGCCCAAAAGCACAAAAAGCAAAAGCACUAUAAGCACAGGGAGAGCUAAUCCCUCAUAAAAUUAUUUAACGUUCUCAAAAAACUAUUUUCUAUUAAAAAAUGAACAAUUACUUGUACUACUUCGGAUUUUUAAGAAAAAUAAGGAAAUACUUAUUGGGUGAGAAGUUAAAAAAUUAGGAUAUAAUAUAUCCUACUCUUCUAGAGUAAUAUUACUCUAUAUUAUAAAGUAAUAUUUCAGUUUUAUCUGUGUAGGCAAUGAAAUGAUUUAUCAUUAUAAAUCAUUUCGAAAAGUAUUUCAAAUACGGUUUGAUAUGCUUUUUAUGAUUUCCAUCAAAAUUAGAACUUUAAACCCUUUAAAAAAAAUCAUAACUACGUAUUUUCAAUACUUUUAUUGUGCCAUAAAAACAACUUAUGAUGAACCUUAAAUCACAUUUUCAAGCACUUUUGAAAAUCUAAAAAUUGUUAUCAAAAUAAAACUCAAACAUUUCCAAUGGGUUUAACUAACACAAAAAUCACUAAAAUAUUACCACGUCUAUAAAGGGAUAAUACGAAUAUAAAUAAAAAUAACCUGAAGACCUUGUAGAGGCAUGCAUAUUUCAGGUCUCUACUCCUUAAGUUAAUGAUUAGAAUUUAGAACAAAAUUUCUGAUAAAAAAUUACUUAGACAGAAAAAAAAAUGUAUUAAAGUCCAUUACAUUUUUCGCUAAGCACAGAAUCUAAAAAGCUUUUAAUCUAGUUUAUGCUUAGGUAUGCCUCCUAAUAUAAGUUUUCUUCCAACGGUAAUUGUUAAACGAAAAUUCAUAAUUAUCCAAUAAUUAAAUUAUUAUUAUAAUAAUUGUUUAGUAAAAGUAGAUAUAAAUAUUUUUUAUCUAAAUCAAUGUAAUGCAUUUCAAAAAGUUUUCAAAUCUGUAUUAUAUGUUUACCCGGUGUUAGUCAAUUUUGUCAAUUUAGGACACUACCUAUGUUAUACACAUUUAUUACGCAGGUGCAUUUUUGACGAACUAAAUAGACAUAAAUACAUUUCACCAUUAAAAUAUAUAUAUUAAAUAAAUGCCGGUCAGUCAAUUGGAAUCUCGAAUUUUUUUAAAAGUUAGCACUGCUGUAAAACGCAUAUCAGCGUAUCAGCCAGUUAAAUCCAAUUUCUUUAUCGCAUCCUAGCCGCAUAGUGCAAUUCGUUUGUUCUCCGUUACUAAGAGUUACGACGUUUGUCUGUUUUUUGAUCCGGUAUAAAGAGGACCAACUUUAGCUGGUCUGAAAUAUAUCCCCGAUGGAUCCAAGACCACCCGGUAUUCCACCGUACACCUCAGUAAUGUUUGUUUUAUUUCACUUUAGCCAGUGUCUAUGUAGAUUAAUCUCCCCGUUAUUUGCUAAGUUUUGUUACUUAAUAUCUCUGUUUUUGAUAGAUAUAUAUAUUUUAGAUUCUGAGCUGAGUGAGGAAUGUAUUAUUUUUACAAUGAUAUUUAUUUUUAUUUAUUUUUUUUGUGGACAUUUUUUCUACCAGCAAUUUUACUCAGAUUUACAAUGCUAUACUGAAUCACUUUUUCUGAAAGGAAAUCUGACUGAGGAGGUAUUUUAGAAAGCUUAGAUUAGAUCGUACAAAGUAUGUCCGUAUCUUUUUCUCUUAUAUAUACCAGUUUGUUUAAUAUUAUGUAUAAAUUAUCAUUUCCUUUAAAACCAUGUAGUAUCAGUUAUCACGCUCCGAAUCUAAAACACACAUCAUAGUAUCCAAAUCUAAAAAAAAAAAAAAAAACAGAAUUUGAUUGUCUUUAUUAUUUCAGGAAAUAUUGCAAUAAAUCAACCUCCAUAUACACAUUUAUAUAUGUUUAGAAAUUUAUCGGCUCAAUUGAAAACAAUAAACAAAAUAACAAAAAUUUAUUACACUCAAAUUUCGUUCCGUGCAAUUGAUGUAUAGCUUUUUCUAUCACAUAAUAAUUAUUUUUUACCUACGAUUUUCGUCGCAAUUUAUAUAUGCCCGGGCAUGGUCGAUUUCUGCCAAAACGUACCUUUCCUUUCCCGCCAAUUCACAAAAUGAAAAAAAAUUUGUCUAAUAUUUGAAUAUUAAUGUAUAAUUGCUUACAUUACUAUUAUUAAUUAGAUAAAAAAACAAAUUAAAAAUCAUAAAGUUUUGUCUUUUUAUAUAUAUUGAUAAAAAUUGUGUUUAUUAUUUAUUAAAUACAAGAAAAAAAUAAUUUUUAUUACUCAUAACGGUUGUCUUACCAACAUUUUGUACACAAAAAAUAUCAAAAAUAUAAUUUCUUUUUUUAUUAUUGUUUAAGUUUAAACUUAUUAUUUGUAUUAUUAUUAUUAUAAAUUGUUUUUAUAAUACAAUAAUAAUAAUUUAUGAUACAAUCGUCCAUUAAUAUUCAAAUAUUAGACUAAAUUUUUUCUUUUAGUGAAAUAAGUACAAUAUUGGGGGAAAGGGGAAUCGACCAAUUUUAUUAUUUCGUGGAAAUGAGAAUCGGCCGAAAAGGGUACAUUUUUAGCAGAAACGGGUAACUUCCAUAUUCCCGACACCCGUUGUACCUACAUACCCUAACUUUUUUUUGACUUAGUAUAACCUACAAGUCAUUUAGGCUCUUCGCCUCCGUCUACCCUAACAUAUUGUUAAUAAUUUGUAUGUAUGUAUUUUUUUUUCGCAAUCCAAAGGCAAAGAAGAAAUAACCGAUCCAAACGACAUCGCUAAUUUUAUACAGUUAAAACUGAUGCCAACAAUAGCUGAAGGUCUAUCGGAAAUGGCAAGAGAACAUCCAUUAGAUCAGUUGAGGUGGUUUGCAAAUUGGUUAAAAACCAAAACUUUACCGGUAUAA